AUGGUUGUCCUUGAAUAUGCCAUCCUCUCUAUCAAGUCUCCUCACACCAGUGACACACCUUCACUAAAGUCCGGUCUCCAGAAUGCACUACAGGUUCUGAACAAAGCUUCUGCACCUUCUGGUGCCCAGUUUUCUCUCUUUCAGCAAAUUGAGAACCCCCAGAUUCUUCAUCUUCUGGGCUCCUGGACAUCUGUGGAAGCCCACCACGCUUUUCUCCCCUCAACAGAGAAUUUAGCACUCCUCGAGGAGGUAAAAGAUCUUAUCAAUGUUGAUCUUCUUUUUCAUGCCGGCAUGGAUAAGUCAACUCUUCCGCUGGAUGCACCUUGCGUCGCUUUCGCCCGGCACCUUGUCAAAGCUGGCCAUAAAGAGGAUUUCGCAACGAUAUGGGGAGAGAAUUCACAUCAUCUCAAAGAUUUUACAGAGCCGUACCCAUUGGUUGGAGGGUGGAGAAUUGAUGGUGUUGAAGAGGGUAUCGGCGGUGAGUGGGUUCAGUUUUCGGGGUUUAAGACGGUGGAGCAUCAUCAUGAAUUUGCAAAGACAGAGGGCUUCAAGGAAUAUGCAAAAAUGAAGGAGUUUUUGGAGAGAUUUGAGGUCGUACAUGCAAAGACGUUGAAUUGGUAA